AUGUGGAAUCCGCCUUUGUCAGAUCUAACGUUCAACUUUCGGCACCCGAACCCGCGAGUCAAUGGUCCCAGCGGAGGGGGUGUCUACCAGGAUGUCUCGCCCAGAAUCAGCCUAAGCAACGAUGCCGCCUAUCCUGCUGGAAGUGGUCGUGGCGGUGGUAACAGUGACCCCUCAAUCCCCACAAACAAUCACAUCGACAACAAUGGCGCUCCCGGCAACGCCCCUUCCUUCGAGCGCCCACGGGCCUCGAGCCACCCCAUUCUCGCCCGCUCUCUGCCCCAUCCAAAGCUCGAAAAGGUCGCCCCAUAUCUCACCAUCGCCACACUACAAGCCUACACUGUCUUGACAGUCGUGCGUUGUCUCGCUGACCCUGUCUGGAUCAUCCCUCGAUCAGGAAACGAGGAUCCCAUUCGGACGGCAGAGAUCGGUAGUCUCGAAAAGUCGUUCCUAGCCUGCGCGAUCGCCUUUACUAUGCUGAGCUGUCUUGGGGUGACCCUGCGCAUCCUCGACAAGUUCACCUUUCUGCGACAGAUCCCUGUCGUUACGGCCUACCUUGAAGCCAUCUUUUGUAUCGCCGCCUUGACAUCCUUUCUCAGCACUCACUCGUUGCCAAGUGGAUCACAGUUCUCACACGGCUUCCUAGCCUGUGUCAUCACAGUGCUCUUCUCGUCCAUUGUUGCCAUCAUGCUCACAGUGGACUGGUGGCGAGGGUUUCCCUCCGCAGGACUAUCGGCAACAUUGAAGGGUCUUAUCAUCGCGUCCUUUGUUAUGACCAUCGUUAUCAUUAUCGGCGCUGCCAUCUACUCGACUCUGGAGGACUGGACCUUUGACGAAGCCGUCAAUUUUUGCAUUGUGUCUUUUGCUACAAUCGGAUAUGGCAAUUUGAGUCCAAAGACCGUUGCUGGCCAGUCCAUCUUUUUCUUUUACGGUCUGUUGGGUAUCAGUUCUCUCGGAUUCUUCGUUGUCUCGCUCCGCAACGCUGUGAUCGAACAGUUCCAGUGGCGCCUGGUUGAUCGCUUCUCCAAGCCAGCUCAUUUGACACGCGUUCAAACACGCAUGUCAGCCAAGGAUAUCCCUUUUCCAAUUGCACGAUUUGAGGAGGAGCAACGCGUCAAAAUGGUUGUCAAGCGAAAGAUGAUGGUCAGAAUGGGCUUUAUCUGGAUUGUCAUGUGGUUCGGAGGAGCAGGAGUCUUUUGCGCGUUCGAGCCUUGGACUUAUCUCGAGUCCUUAUACUUUUACUAUGUGCCCAAGCAACCUGGGGCGAUCGAGUUCUGGAACGUCUACGUAUUUGUGGGUCUCGCAGUUUUUGCCUACAUCCUUUCACUGUCUUCUGAGUCCAUGGCUUCUCAGAUCCACCUUGUCGACGAUCAAGAUGACGACAACGACGACGAUAUGUACGGAUGGGAGAGGAAUGAGGAUCCCAAUGCGCCUCUCACAACUCGCAGUGGAACUUUGGGACUGGAGGGUCUCAAAUGGCUUCAUCAUCAACAGAACAUGCAACGUCGAGACUCUGUCCAAUCCAUACAGGUGGAUCAGGAAGGAAAACCUCUGGACAACAACAGUACCUCUGAAAUGCCCAGCAUGACCUUUGACGGCAGUCAGGACGAAGACCGUUCCCUGCAAGCAUCUAUUCAGCGUAGCCGGCCCAACAGAAAGAGCUCCACCGGUAGAAUCCUCAUGGUAUCGGCCAAGGAAAGGAAACAAAUGUUAGAGGCUGAAUAUUACGCGACGCACUCAUUACCAACCACCAUCAAGUUUAUCGACACCAAAGGCAUGCCGCAUCAGAAGACCGUUGGGAGAGCCUCGACCAUGGCUGAUUCGAUCUCUGGACCCAACGUCGGCAGCAUGAGCGGAGACCCUGCCGGAUAUACAUAUGGAACCGUCGGAUACUAUGGAACCAUCGGACGCCAUGACCUUGCAGGACUGACGCGCUCAGGAACUCUUCUCCGGAAUCAACAACCGUCGGUCGACAUGGGUGGAGCCAAUAUCGAUAAUAUUUAUGGCCCAGGCGAUAGUCAACCCAUUAACACUGUCCAAACACAGCAGCUCCAGCAUCAGCCGCUAAUCAAGUUCGACUCGCCGAAGGGAAGUAUUCGCAGCGUAGGAAACCAGCCCAGUCAGCGAAGGGGUCAGAGUCGACCAGACCGAUUCGGGGACCAGGAGGAUGAUACGACGACAGGAUAUAUUCCUUCUAUUAUGGAUGUCUUCAGGCCAGCUGCCUCCGAGAACGCUGGAGAAGGCUCUUCGACUUCGGGAGCACGCGGAAAGAACCUAAUCGUUGGAACGUCUCCUAUUACCCGCAUGAGAUCCAACAGCUGCGAUCAGAUGAUGGGCGAUCGGCGACGGGGACCAUCUCAGAACGACAUUCACAGCUGGAUUGCCGAGGAUGCAGGAACUCUUGAGGGACCCAACUUCAAAUAUGUCAGCAGGCCUCCGGUACAGGGAAUGUCGGAUGCCGGCCCAAGCACGGAUCGGUCGAGGGAGAGUCAUGGCAGCGACACGACGAGAGUCACCAGUGCCCCGAAUGGAACGUCGGAUUACGUACAUGAAGAUGCUUACCCGACAGAGCAGUCCAACAUGGCACGAGGAGCGAUUUUGGACUCUGCUUUGAACGAACUUAGGGCUCACCGCGAUGGAAUUGCGCCUGACGAGAUACCUUUUAUGCCUUUGACGGACGAGCCGGAGGAGAUGAGUCAGGACGACGGAGACUACUCUGAGGAUGUACCUCGCAGCGAGACAAAAUUGGACGCCACUUUGCCACCACCUCAACCUCGCGGUCUGGUGACUAUCGUGCGGGAACCGACCUUGCCUGCCGUGGAUGCCGAGCUACUCGCUACCGCUUUGCCAUCCAACCCAGACAACUUAUUCCUCAGAGGCGAAGAGGGCGCUGGACGCGGACCUUUUGCCGAGGGUGUUACAUGGCCAGACUCAAGAGCAGGAUCGGAAUACGGCCAAGAAUCCAGACCGGGGUCACGCAUCGGAUCACGUCAUGGAUCGGCUGGUGUGACCAGCCCAGAGAUUACCCCCGCAGCCUUGUUUGACGAUGACAACGGCCACCAGUACACGCUCCGACCUACGACUUCACAGCCCCCAUCACUCUUUUCAAACCACCCACGAUCUGGAAACAACAGCGCCAUGCCGUCUCCGACAGGUUCUAGGCAGUCGUCUCGACCGGGAUCGGUUUUGAUGACUAUCUUUGACGAGCCUGUCCGGAAUCUUCCUGGUUCACGUUCGGUUUCCAGGAGCGGUUCUAUACGUGGAUCAGGAACAGGAUUGAUAGAAGGAGGAGGCGGCCCACUGGCAAGAGUCAGCUCUAACCCAAUGUCCCAGCCUAGAUCAAGAACUGGGUCGAUAGUUAUGCCCCUCAAUGGAUCCGGAAUCGGCUCUGGCAGCGGAGGAGGAGGUCCAGGGGCCACAUCGCCGGCGUCUACGAGGAGUUCCGAGUCAAUCGUCGGGCCGUUUGACGAACACCGGCUACCAGCAGAUCUGCCGCACUUUGACGACGAUGUCGACUUGAGCCAUGUGGGUGCAACCCCACAACAAGUCGAGGACGAACAUAGACGCAGGAAAGACCUGCGGAGACGAGAACGCGAGAUUGAAGCGCGUUUAGCAACCCUUGGCGAGAAGGGUCGAUGGGUUCCUCGUUGA